UAUUCCAAACCUGAUCUUUUAGAUUUUUGCUACUAUUCCCAACUUCAAUGCAACCACACCUGCACAGGUCCAGAGCUGUGGGGACUGGUUUCACAAACCUGCAAUGGCAGAUCUCAGUCUCCAGUUAAUAUUGUCACAAGGAAAGUGCUACCAGAUGAACGCCUGACUCCUUUUCACUUCACCGGUUAUAAAGAGACUUUUUAUGGGAGCCUCAUAAACAAUGGCCACAGUGUUCAGCUAAAUUUGCCUUCCAGUAUACAAAUCAAAGGAGGAAAUCUGGUUGAUGAAUACAAGGCAAUUCAGUUUCACCUGCACUGGGGCAAAGAUGGAGGACUUGGUUCUGAGCACACAAUUGAUGGAGAAAAGUUUCCAAUGGAGAUGCAUAUCGUCCAUAAAGAAGAAUAUGACUCGUUAGCUGAGGCUUCAAAAGACAGUACGGGUGUGGCUGUUUUGGGAUUUUCUUUCAGAAACGAAUGUAACGCUGGUGGGUGUCUCCUGGACAUGUUCAUUCCUUCUGAAAACAGGACCAAGUACUUUCGCUACAAGGGCUCCCUCACCACACCUGACUGUGCUGAAGCUGUGGUCUGGACCCUGUUUGAAAGCACUAUUCCUCUCAGCAGGAAUCAGCUCACUGCUUUCAGCCAACUUCUGUUUUAUGAUGGACAGAAAAUGGUCAACAACUACAGACCAGUACAGCCUUUGAAUGGAAGAGAGGUGUAUUACUCCAGUGGCCAACUUGCUUUGGUCAGCUGUGUGUUGUUCACCAAGUCAGUGCUGCUAUCCAGUGCAAGCUUUAUUUAAUUUAAUCAAUUUUUAUGCACAAAUACCCUUGUUUGUGACAUCUGUUGAUUUUCAAAUAGAAGAAGAAAAAAAUAAUGUAGUGUAUAUUUAAAAGUAAAGGAUGUAAAUUCAAUAGAUGCUUCAAAACAACAUGUAUCAAACACUACAUGCUUAUUUGAAUCGGAAUAUGUAAGAUAUGUAAGAUUUUAUCUACAACAAAAUAUGUUAUUGACAAAUAAGUAAAUUAGUUACUUUUGGUUUUAAAUGUUUCACAAUGAUGAUCUCACUACAAUUUACACACAUUUUUGGGGGACAUAGACUAAAUGUUUAAGGAUAGUUAGAUUGCUUUCUUUGCACUGAAUGGGACAACAUAUGACUUCAUUGUGCUUUCAGCAGAAUAGCAAUAAAGAAUUCUGAUUCUGAUUCACAUGUAUUCACUUGUGCUGAUAUAAUAUUUCUGAUAAAUAUCAUGCUGCAUUCUAUUACAUGCUUUCCUACUGUUCUGGAAACAUCUAAACUCUGACUUAAAAGUGUCAUAUUUAUUUAAAAUACAGACACGUGUUAACACUAUAAUGUGUAUUAUUAAGGUAUGUUUUACCUAUCAAUUCUUUGUCAUUUGUAAUGUCAUUAAUAAUCAAAUAAAGUCACGAUUAAAGAUUU